UUUCUGCCACUCUUGUAAGUCACAUCUUUCGCGAUUUUACCAGUUUUUAUGUUUUUAUCAGUUUAUCUGUUUAUGUUUUGCGUUAUCAGUUCUAAACCUGGAUUUGUUCUGCACUAGUAAUUCAUCUGUUAGAAAUUCUUUGGAAUUUGUUUGCUGUCUGUUGUUUCCUAUUUCCGCCAGCGCAAAAUAGAAGCUGUUUUGUUGAUGUUUGCUGCAGCUUGCAUGCUGCGUGUGAUGCUGGCACGGUUGACUGUACGGAUGCUGAAUGAUGCAUUCCUCCACUGACCUGAUUACCCUCAUCACUAACUGAUGGGCCGUUUCCGUUCCUCCGGAGUGCCCUCUGUCCCGCUGUCUUCCUCACCCCCAUGUUAGAAUGGAAGAUGGCGCGGCCUGGGCGCCCCUACCCCUGCCCCUGGCUGUGCCCCUUGCCCUGCGCUGUGAUACUGCUCCUGGCCUUGCUGGCUCCCUUGGCCAUUCCCCUGACACCCCCCUCCACGCGCCUCCUCCCCGGCUCCGCCUGCCGUGAGGGACGCUGCUCAACGGACAACUGUGAUAAGGAGACACGAUGGUAUUUGAACGGGACGCGUGGCCUGCUGACGGACGGUCCGGGCAAUUACUCGGUCAGCAUGCACUGCACCUGGUUGAUUGAUGGCCGCAGUACCGCGGGGACGGGAGAAGGAGCGCGGGUACAUCUGCGCGUAGAGAGUCUGCAGACGGAGUGCGGCUGGGAUAAUGUAUACGUGUGGGACGGGGACAGCACGCGGGAGCCGUUGUUGGCCACGCUGUCGGGCAACAUCCAGGACGAGGGAAACAGCCCCUUCGAGCUGACGGCCUACUCGGGCAUGGCCUACGUCCACUUCUUCAGUGAUGUCGCCCUCACCAUGCCCGGAUUCAACAUUUCCUAUGAAGUCAAUCGUUGCAACUGUUCGUCUAUGCACGGACAAUGCGUAGAGCGCCCUUCAGACGGCCCGUUAUGCCUUUGUGAAAAGGGUUGGACCGGUCCCUCGUGUGACGAGCCGAAAGGAUGCCCGGACAGUUACUCCUGCCAAAACGGCGGCCGCUGCGCAGAUUCGGGUGCGUGCCAAUGCCCACCGGCCUUUCGUGGCGUCGACUGCAGCGUGCCCACCUGGGAGGGUCUGUGGGAGCGGGUGCCUUUCCCCGGCGACCAACCAGUGCCGGCGCCGUCGGCCUCUCACUCGGCGGUGCUAGCCGAUCGGCAGGAUGUAUACUGGGUGGGCGGGGAAAGUUUCGGGGCGGAGAAGGACAUGAAACGUGUCCAUCGACUGGAUCUGGCCAGCAUGGAGUGGCAGUUACUCUCCAGCACCAGCGGUGCCAAUCCUCAGAAGCGAUACGCCCACACCACCGUGGCGUAUAACGACAGUAUUUACAUGUACGGCGGCUUCGUCAACAGCACCAUCGUCAGCAAUGAACUGUGGCAGUGGGAGCCGAAGCACGAAGUGUGGGUUCUGCGACAGUUUAAUAAGGAGUGCCGGGUAGGCUGCCUGCCCAUUCCGACAGCCGGCCACACUGCGCAUGUGGUUGACCACAAGAUGCUCAUCUUCUUCGGCUACGGGGGUCCGGAAUACGGUUUUCUCAAUAUUGUCCAGGAGAUUAAUCUGCGUUCGCCUCCACACAAUAAACGCUGGUCCAUCGUUCCCACCAGCGGCACCUACGUCUACGGUACCUACGGCCAUUCCUCUGUCUACGAUGCCAAAUCAAAUAUGGUGUACAUUUACGGUGGCUUCCUGCCUAAUCAAGGCCGCGAUCCGUUGAAUGCCGAUUCGCCGAAGCGGCUUUUCCUGGACAAUCUGUGGGUGCGAUUGUUAGCCUACGAUCCGCAGAAAGCCUACUUCAAGCGAAUGCGCGAUUCGCCCAUGCCGCGUUUCCUGCACACGGGCGUCCUCUUCAGCGCCGACGCGGGCAUGGAUGACGGCAUCUUGUGGUUUUUUGGCGGCAACCCGCGCAACGAGACCUUCGUUAGCCGCAGUGCGCCGUGCUACACCGGUGACAUGGUGGCGUACGAUAUUCGUUGUGAUCAGUGGCACGUGAUGAAGACACCCAAGAUGAAUUUCGACAGCAUUCGUCUUGCAAGAUAUGGACACGCAGCAUUUAUGUUCAAGGAUCAAAUGUACGUGUUAGGCGGCUUCCAAGGCAAACUGUUGAAUGAAGUCCUGCGCUUCAGUCCUGGCCAGUGCCGCUUCGCCCCCAGCCGGGAGACGUGUCUGUCCAUCGCGAUGGUCGGUCGCAAGUGCGCGUGGAACGAGCGCUCUAAACAGUGCACGGACGGCAGCACCCUCCUUCCGGGCUACGAGCACGUUAAGUGCGCUUCGGCCAACAAAGACGCCGACGAGUUUAAGUGUUCCCGUGAAGUGGGCAUGGGCUGCAACAUGUGCCUUGGCACCUCGCUGGAUUGCCACUGGUGCAAAGGAAGCGGACUAUAUGGCUGCACUAUGCAGCCGUGCCGCGAUGAGGGCAGUCUGCUGACGGCCAUCUCCUCAUGUCCCCGCGAGCCGGACGUGUUCUGCAGUACGUUCUUCAACUGUCAGGGCUGCGUGACGCUGUCCAACAACACGUGCAUGUGGCAGCGAGAGGGUGUCGGGCGCGGCGGAGACUGUGUGCCGCGAGUGGUGCCCGGACCGCCGCAGGAUCUGGCGGAAACGGUCAGCUCCAGCUGUGAUAUUCCCUGCACGCAGCGCAGCACCUGUGAAACGUGCACCAAUUCCAACGGAUUGUGUAUGUGGUGCGCCAACGAGGAGCGCUGCGUGGAUCCCAUGGCGUACAAUGUGGUCUUCUCCUACGGACAAUGUCGGGACUGGACGAGUACGAGCCGGAAAUGCCCAACGCUGGGCAAGUGCCACGGGUACAAAUCGUGCCGGUCGUGUUUGGAGAAUCCGGAUUGCGGCUGGUGUGAUGACGGAAGCGGAACAGGACGCGGUCAGUGUGGAAUGGGAUCGCAACGCGGUCCUUGGGAGACGGAAACAUGUCCGUCCAAAUUGUGGUAUUUUAGCAGUUGUCCGGCGUGUAAUUGUAACGGCCACGCGCAGUGCGUCAACAACAGUCACACCUGCCAACCCUGUCAGGAUUUCACCGAGGGAAAUAACUGCGAGAAGUGCGUCUCAGAUUUCUACGGAGAUCCGCGCAACGGCGGCAACUGCACGGAGUGCAAUUGUCCCGAUAAUGCUUACGGAUGUGACUCGGAGACGGGCAACUGCAAGUGCAGCACGAAGGGGACAACGGGCAGGAUGUGUGAUAAGUGCGAUGAGCUGAAUCACUACAGCAGCCACAAUGGAGCAUGCUUUUACGAACUGCCCAUCGGAUACCAAUUCACGUUUAACUUGACGAAAGUGGAGGAUAGCCACUUCACCAGCAUCAACUUCAAAUCAUCACCGCCGGAACGCGACUUUGACGUCAAGUUUACUCUGGUCUGCACGAAUUCCUCGCUGGUAAAUGUGUCGUACAAGACGGCGGUAAUGGCCCGCGAGGAGCUGUUGAUCGGAUCUGCGGUGUGCAGUUUGGAGCACAAGCUGGAUCGAGUAUUUUCGCACGAUCAGCUGCCAUUCGGCCAGGAGGGCCUCAACACCACCGUCUUCGUCUACGUCCAUGACUUUGCCACGCCCUCCGUCAUCGUCAUCUCCUUUGCGCAGCACGCCAGUCUCGAUCUGUUGCACUUCUUCGUCGUCUUCGCCUGCUGCUUCCUGUCGCUGCUGCUACUGGCUGCGGUGGGAUGGAAGGUGAAACAGCGUUACGAUCUCUACCGCCGGCGCCAGCGCAUGUUCGUUGAGAUGGAGCAGAUGGCCAAGCGGCCCUUUGCUUGCAUCAAUCUCGAUUUGACCAGAGGAGCGAGUUCGGAAGUGGAUCGCGCAACCGGAACAGUCCGUCCUCUGAAGCGUCCUUUGAAGAAUCUGCUGCGGCCGGCCCUUGUGUCCAGUGAGGCCCUGGCGGAUGGUCGGCACGGCGUGGUGUCGGCACUGAUCGCUCUGCCCAACGGCGGCGGCCCCGGUUACGCGCCCUGGGGGCAGACUGGCCUGUGCGUCGGCUCGGCACUUGUAACUCUGCAGCCGGGCAGUCACACGCGUAAGCCCUCGUUGGAGUCCAACCCCAAAGAUAAACUGAAGAAGCAGACCCAUACGGCGCAUUCGCCAGAGCCGGAUCCCACCUGAACGACGCAAGAACCGAUUAACUAAUGAACAAACAGACACGCUCAACAACGUGGCAGCUAAGAGAAGUUUAGUUUCGUUUUUUGUAUCCUCAUUCUCUCCUUCCUCUUUCUCUCUUCGGAUUGAACGGUUUUAGUAUUUUGAUUUGUGUCUCAGGCAACUGACGAAUAAUACUCCAAUGAUGUUAAUAAAUCCCAUUAUAGCAAGAUUCCAAACUGUCAAAACCUAACCAAUAA